CUCGAGCGCUUCCCCCACACUCUUACCUUCAAAAUGCCUCCAAACUUAAGAAAAUCCAUCAAUCCAGUCACCAGUAAUUCUCACAUAUAUCCUGCUUGAAAUAAUUUGAGGUAGAAAAAAAAUAUCAACUUUAAGGAUUUAUUAAAAACGGAUUAUUGGUCGCUCCACGAAUCCACGCAUAUCUAAUGAAUCAGCAGAACCUCACAGACAAGACGGUAUGCAAAUGAGCUCUGUCAGGUGCCGAGUUCUGCCAGCUGAAAGGGAGGGUGGGGGCUGCUCGGCCACAGAGCUCUGACUCUCAGAGUUCCCACUCGGCAGAAAGAGCUGUGUUAAAGAGACAGUGCGGAUUUCUGUUUGUAUAUGAGUAGACAACACAAAAACAGCCUUAUUACUGCAAAACGAGUUGCCAAAACACUUUAUCCAUAUAAAUAUUUCAUUUUAUAUAAAAAAAUAAAAUAGAAAAUCUGAAAAGCGCCUAAAAAUGUUCCUGUUUUUUACUAUAUUUUGGUCAUUACAUGUUCAAUUGAAUAAUUAAAGUGUCUUAAAUCAAUUGUGUAAAGGCUUCUAAGUAAUAUUAAUUCAUAGAUUUGACUCUGAAUUAAUUAAUAUUAGAGUGAUAAGCCUUCAAAUUUGAGUAUGCAAUUUCAGGCGGAAAGUGGUAAAAAUAGGCUUGGAGCUUAAGAGGUUAACGUUAACUACAUCCUUAAACUCAUAAUUGAGGAGGUAAUAUGGGGGCAUUUGUUUAUGGUCGUCCAGUUAGGAUAAUGAGGUUGCAGUUUAUUAGAGAUGAUUUUGCAUACAUAAGUUUAAUAGUGAAAUGUGUAACUAUAGACUGACAGGUUUUGUGUACUUUUGCCAUUUUAUUAUUGUGAAAGUUGUCUUAAUUUUGUCUAAGUGGUAUUAAAGUCUUAAAAUCUGUAAUUUAGCUUUUCCAUGCUGCAGAUACCCGUAUAAGAGAAAUGCAUGACACAGUAAUGUUUUUACAACAGCUAUUUCAGUCAGAUUGAGUAAAUCCAUGAUUUGAAAUUGGUUAAUCUGCAUAAAAAUGUAAAUUUAAUCGUAAGUGAAAUGCAAUAUUGGUACAUGCUUAUUUUAUUGGAAAGUAGUCUUAAAACAUAUUUUUUUAAAGUAAUAUCCAGUAGACAGCGGAUUAUUUAGCAGAUUGUGACGUUAUAAGGUUAUAGGUCUAAUUGUUAGCUAAGGAGCACAAGCAAUUUAUUGUAAUUGUGACCAACUUGUUGUGGGGGUAUAAGCAGAGCCCAAAAUUGUUUGGCUGAAAAACAUUUGGCUAAAAGUUAGAUUUUCUCUGUUGUGUGUAGGUUCUGAGACAUGCCAUUAUGUUGCUGAAGGUGAGAUACCAUGGUACCAAGAAGUAUAUCCGAUUGCCCUCUGAUUUCACCUAUUUGGAUUUUAUCAGUGAAGUCAAAAACAAGUUUGGGAUUCCCAGUGCAUCCGAAUUGUACAUUUUUGAUGAAAGUAACACAGCCGUGGAGGAAGACAUCCUUCUUGAACUGAUGGAGGCCAAUCCUGACUUAUGUCUGACAGUAUGCGACGGCGAGUCUGAUGAAGAUCAAUCAGCAUCAUCUUCCCUCACGGAUACCUUGUCACCUUCAAGUGACAAUGAUCUCUUCAGUCAACGCUCCAGAAACAGACCUGUUCAUAACUUCAGAGAUGGGAGCCCACCAACCACAGUGUUUUCUGAGGCUAAGGCUGCAAAAGAGGUGGUAGAAAAUGCCUUGGUUAUAAAACCUGGAGGUCAGGAUGUCCUUGAAGAGUACAAGGCAGAUAAAUCCCUGAAUCAUCGAACCCGGAGACAGCUUGUCAACAUAUUGGCUAGCCACAUGACUGAGAUGCAUGGGAGGAUUCCAUCCCGUAAACAGAAGGAGAAGUAUGCCCUGGGGAUCAUUACGCUCUUUCCUUCACUGAAAGAUCCUUUUUCUCCAAAGGGCUAUGUAAGUUUAAAAAAAGAACUUACUUUCAGAAAUUAUACACAGGAAUUAGCAGAACUAACCCUAAGGUGUUCAUGUUCUGUUUUUCAGUCAUGCUGCAGCAUUGAUGAACAUCUGCGAGGAAGAGAGGGCAAACAACCUUACAUCCUUGCUGUUGGCCGGGCUCAGAAGAGGGUCGACACAUUCUACAUCAUUGUGGACAAGCAGCUGAUCCCCUGCCAAGCCACCAGAUCCUUGGGUGCCUUUGAUGAGCUCUUCAAGUCUCACUAUGUGUUCAAUCUUUCUUAUGAUGGUUCCCUGGUCCAUUUCUACACAUUUGUGCAGACAACAGUCUACAGCAUUGACAUCACAACAACAAACGAGUCUCCAAGAGUUCGUGAGUUUCGGGCAAAGCUUUUCAACUAGGUUAAAUGUUUAAAUGUUUCAUUUGUCAGGCUGUUCAUGUGGCCUGCCAGUCCUUAAUAACUCAUUUAAGAAUUGUUCACAGUUUUUACCCAAGCACCAAGUUUAAGUUGGUUUGUGCACAGGAUUGUUGUAGGCGUCAGUUUUCAACUUAUUCAGGUUUCAAAAAACAUUUAAGUAGUGUUCAUUUUGGUCAAAGUGGUGGUGAUACAAACUCUGAGUCCUUUCAAGCUAAUUUUCACAAUCUUCAAGAUGAUACAGAAGUUGGACAAAUGAAUGUAACACCGAACCUAGAGACUGUAUGUUUAGAGGACAAUGAAUUGACUACUCACAAAGAAAAAACAAAACAUACGUGUGCUUCAAUUAUUGCUAAACUCCAAGGAAGUGGUGUGGCAAACAGUGUGGUUUCAACCAUUGUUAGUGAUUUGGAAGAACUUGCUACUGGGCUGCACUCCCAAAUGAAGCAUGAAAUACUAUCUGCUGUACCUAAAGAUGAUCCUGUUAGAUCUACAUUAAAAGAAAGUCUUGAUCAUUUUGAAAACCCAUUUGAUGAGUUUAAUACUGAAACUAAAAGAAUGAGAUAUUUUAGUGAGAAAUGGGGCAUAGUAGAGCCAGUAGAAAUAGAUUUAGGAGUUCGAUUUGACACAAGGCGAAAUAAAUGUACAGGCACAUACGAUCAAGUCCCUGUAAGAGACACUUUUGUGUACAUUCCAAUUUUGGAAACAAUAAAAUUUAUGUGCCGCAAUUCUGAGAUUUGUAAGCUGCUUGGAGAGCCCUGUUUACCGAAAACUGAUCGAUAUGAAGAUUUUUGUGAUGGAAGUUAUUUCAAGACACAUCCAUUGUUCUCUAAACAGAAGUCUUUACAAAUUCAGUUAUACUACGACGACUUUGAAACUGCUAACCCUCUGGGUUCAAAGCGUGGUGUGCACAAAGUGGGUGCCCUCUAUUUUAUUCUCAGAAAUCUGCCACCGAAGUUUAACUCUGCUGUAAUGAACAUUCAUUUGGUUGCACUGUUUCAUGCUGACGAUGUGAAAAAAUAUGGCUUUGAUCCUAUUCUACAUCCUCUGAUUACUGACAUCAAAAAACUGGAGAGUGAUGGCCUUGAUUUACCUUUUUCCACUGAAAAAGUCCAUGGAACUGUAUGUCAGGUAACUGGGGAUAAUUUGGGGAUGCAUUCUAUUUUGGGUUUUACAGAAUCUUUUAGUGGACGUUAUUUCUGUCGUUUGUGUUUGAUUGAAAAAGAGGACGCACAAAAUGUUUACAGUGAGGAUGACCCCAAGAUAAUCCUGCGUGGAAAAGAACUUUUUGAAAGGCAUUUCCAGGAGUUACAGUCAGACCCACAGAAGUUAUCUGUGUGUGGUUUAAAGCAGAAUUCAACGCUUAACAGCCUACAGUUCUUUCAUGUUUGCCACAAUUUUUCUUUGGACAUUAUGCAUGACAUUCUUGAAGGGGUGGCUCAGUAUGAGAUAAAGUUACUUUUGGAGUAUCUCUCAGAAAAUGUUUUGUCAAAAGCUGAUCUGUGUUCUAGAAUUUAUGCCUUUGAUUAUGGGUACUUGGAGCGUAAGAAUCGUCCUACAAGGAUCAACUUGGACAGCAGUGGGAAUAAUAUAGGACUCAAUUCCAUUCAGACUCUUUGUCUUGUGAGAAACAUUCCUUUGCUUUUUGGUGACAUUGUGCCAGAAGGAAACCAAAAUUGGACAUUGCUACUACUUUUACUGCAGAUAAUCAACAUCAUAUUUUCUCCAUCUCUUAGCCAAGGCAUGACUGUACAUUUGAAGUACUUAAUAAUGGAACAUCAUGACUUGUUCAAACAGUUGUAUCCAGAAAGAAAUUUGAUUCCAAAACAUCAUUUUAUGAUCCACUACCCAGCUUGUAUAAGAAAAAUAGGGCCCCUAAUACACAUUUGGAGCAUGAGAUUUGAAGCAAAACACAGGGCUUUCAAAAACACGCUUAAAAAUUUUAAGAACAUAACUAAAUCGCUUGCAAAGAAACAUCAGAUGUCCAUAGGGUAUCAUUGGGAGACGUCACCUUUAAACCAUAUUGAGUAUGGACCCCUGAAAUCAUUUAAUAUUUACAGUGAAGACAAUGGUGACCUAUUUUCCAGAGUUCUUCAAGAUGUUGUGCCACAAGACAUUUAUUCUACUAACUGGGUCAAAAUCAGUGGGACAGAGUACAAAGUUGGACUGAUCAUUUGCAAUGAGAUUGCAAACGAAAUGCCUGUGUUUUGCAGAAUACAGAAGGUUGUAUUAUUCAGAGGUAUUAUCUACUUCCUAGUGGACAACCUGGUGGUUGACCAUUUCAGUGAGCAUUUUCAUGCCUACAAAGUAUUUGAAAGUGAUGAGAAAGAUGUGAUCAAAGCAGACAGUCUUGUUUAUUAUAAGCCCUUCGAUAUACAAAGUGCCUAUGGUGAAGAUGAAAGCCUAUAUAUUGUACCCCUGUUUUCUUUGUAACUGUGCUCAUGUUUAAGUUAAGGUGCUUGGACAAUUUUGAGUAAAGAUUUUAAAAUGA